AUGUGUACAAGUCCGAACGUGAUGUUUGAUGGAGUAAAAUGUCGUGGUCACUACACAGGCCUCCCCCUAGAAGGCCGAGGGACGAGGACUUCGAUCGCUGUUGGCUUGCGAAGGUAUAAAGGCAGAAUCACAGGAGUUCGGUUGUAUUUGGCUUAUUUAAUCUUCUUGUGGAUUGGAAUGCAUCAUCGGUGGGCCGUCCCAGCGGGCACACCGGACUACAAAAAGCUGGAUAAUCCAGAAAAAGGGCCGGUAGGACCUUUCACCGCUGCUGAAGGACGGUGC